AUGUUAUUGUCUACAGCUCAUGCUAAGACUCAUCAUGUCAUGCCCAAAAUACCAAAAGAUGGGACGACGAUGACGGAUUUAAUCCGUUCAAUUGCCACUGAUCAGAAGCAUGAAGCUGGCCAGCCAUUUUAUAUACUCGAUUUAUCCACAAUUGAGAGGCUUAUGGACAAAUGGAACCAUUCUUUUCCCAAUGUAAAACCUUUUUAUGCUGUCAAAUGCAACAAUGAACCUGCACUUCUUACUAAACUAGCCAACUUGGGUGCUAAUUUUGAUUGUGCUAGCUUACUCGAGAUUGACACUGUCUUAAAUCUCGGAAUUAGCCCAAAUCAAAUCAUAUUUGCUAAUCCGUGUAAGGCUAUUUCCCAUAUCAAACAUGCAGCCGCUGUUGGGGUCAAUUUCACUACUUUUGAUUCUAAGCUUGAAGUUGACAAGAUCAAAAAAUGGCACCCACAAUGCCGUUUGUUGCUCCGAAUCAAAGCCCCUAGUGACAGCGGCUCCUUACGCCCCCUCGGCAAAAAAUUCGGAGCACUGCCCGAAGAAAUUGAAUCCCUCCUGCAUUACGCUUGCAAUGUGGCUGGUUUAAAAGUUGUAGGUGUGUCAUUUCACGUUGGAUCUAUAGCACAAGAUCCCACCAUUUAUCGCGAGGCGAUUGCCAAUGCAAGGGCCGUGUUUGAUGUAGCUGAUUAUCUCGGAAUUCCUAAAAUGCAAAUUUUAAAUAUUGGUGGUGGGUUUAGAUCCACCCCGUUGUUCGAGGAAAUAGCUAGUGUAGUAAAUGAAGCAGUCCAAGAUUUUUUCCCCGACCCUAAUUUAAAAAUAAUCGCGGAGCCUGGGCGAUUCUUUCCUGAAACGGCUUUUACUUUAGUCACACAUGUGAUUGGCAAAAGAGCUAGAGGUGAGAAAAUAGAGUAUUGGAUUGACGAAGGGAUUUAUGGAUCGUUUAGGCCAACACUGUACAACAGUUGCUUUGUGGGUAUUAAGCCAAUUUCAAUGAAAGAAUGUUGUGAUAUACGCGAAUCGACGAUUUACGGACCAAGUUGUGACUCCCUUGAUGCAGUGGCUGUGGACAUAAAAUUGCCGGAGCUUGAAUUGGAUGAUUUGAUAGUGUUCUAUGACAUGGGUGCAUACUCAAAAUGUGCAGGAACAAAGUUUAAUGGAUUUGAUAUGUUAUCGACACCUACCUAUAUUGUUAGCACCAAUUCUACCUAGAAUUAUAUAUGUCCAGAACAAAGAAAGAGUUGGAUCAGCUAGCUAUGCUUGUUAUUUUCUUAAUUUGUUUCCAAUAAUUAAUUAGUUGCUGUAUUUGUAUUAUUGUGAGAUAUAAGCACAUGUCUAUUUUAUUACAAGCUUUCGAAAUUAUACUUUAUUGUCCUCUGAUAUUAUUCAAGCUUUCCUAAUAGCUAUUACUGCAUCCAUUCUUCUUUUUCAAAAAAAUAGAAGGGGACACAUUCUCUUGAAAA